UCUGUUUUUUGUUUCAGAUGGGCUCAAUAAGUCUGACUUCACUUCUGGGUCAUGGUUGCCGGAGUUUCAUUGCGCCGGUGGCCCUUGUUUGCACGUUAGCACUGACCCAUGUUGCUCUGAGUGAACAUUCGAAGAGCUACCAGCAUGUGAAGUUGGCUUGGUUUUCUAAGAGGUCCAAGAAGAAGACAAGGGUUGCUUGUGAGUCCUUGAAAGAAGAGGUGACUUACCCAACUGCUACUUCUUCUGUUUAUGGCUACCCACUGCUUCCAUGUCCCUCGCAGAAUGGACAGCCAAGAGUUGAGCACUUGGUUGUUUCAGAAGGAGGGCCUGUUCUAGAAUAUAUAUGCAAAAAUCUGGAUCUUCCUGCUCAGUUUGUUGCAGAUCUUAUCCAUUUUGGAGCUGUGUAUUAUGCCCUUGUAUGUCCAAAGCCUCCUCCAACCGCGAUGCCCGAGGAAAUGAGGGUAUAUAAAGAAGCUACAGCACCAUCAGUACUGAAAAAGAGAGCUUCUAUAAAAGGAAAAACUGUAAGAGAAGCACAGAAGACUUUCAGGAUCACACAUGUAGACCAAUUUGUUGAAGAUGGAACGUACUUACGUGUGCAUGUACACCCAAAGCGUUUUCCUAGGUGCUAUGAGAUUGACUGGAAAUCAAGAGUUAUAGCAGUAAAUGAAGACUUUGUGGUGUUGGACAAACCUGCUGGUACAACAGUUGGAGGAACCACAGACAACAUCGAAGAAAGUUGAUAAGCCCUUCUAUUUUAUUAAUCACACACACUCUUGAUUUGUAUGACUUAGAAUUACAAGAUGAUACUAUGUGACUGGAUUAUAUAUGAACUGGCAUUGUUCCACA